CUCUUCAGUUCUCUAAUGGCGAUGAUUGCUGAUGAUAACCUAAGCAGAGAACACUGUGUCUACUUGGCCAAGUUCGCUGAGCAGGCCGAGCGAUACGAAGAGAUGGUGAAAUUCAUGGAGAAGCUCGUUGUUGGAUCAUCUUCAGUUGGUGAGCUCACAGUCGAGGAGCGGAAUCUCCUUUCGGUCGCAUACAAGAACGUCAUCGGAUCUCUGCGUGCGGCCUGGCGUAUUGUGUCUUCGAUUGAGCAGAAGGAAGAGGGUCGUAAGAACGAAGAACAUGUCACGCUUGUCAAAGAUUACAGAUCUAAGGUGGUAUCUGAGCUAUCUGAUGUCUGUGCUGGCAUCUUGAAGCUUUUGGAUGCUCACCUAACGAGAGGUGGUGAUAUCUCUUGA